CAAUUCACGGGUUAACACUUAACACCGCAGCAUAAAGAAUGUAUUUCCUGGAAGUAUUGGCUUGCGGUGGUUGGGCACAGAAAACCCGAGGGAGAGGAAGAACGUCAAUGAAAGUCCCCAAGGCGACGGUUGCCUGAAAAAGAAUUACAGCCUCAUGGAACCUAAAUCCACAGCACUUGCAGCUCCCCUGAACCCGGCGACUCCUAAUUGCGCCGCGAAGAAGAACCGCGACUUCCUCAUCCACCUCGAGGCCUACCUAUCGAAGCGAGACGGCGUCGACAAGCUGCUGAAAAUCUCUCGCUACGCCACCAAGAUCAUCCUCGCCUCCUCCCUCCUCCCUCCCGGUGCUCCCCUCACCCACCGUCUCAAGUCCUUCGAAUCCAGCGUUGGCAUCAGCCGGAAAGCUUUCCGCCUCGGGAAAUUCGUGCAAGACGUCAACUCCCUCCGUGCCUCCCCCGAUCAUAUCCUCCUCUCCAUUAUCGCCUAUGGGGGAGAGGGGUUAUACUACUUCGUCGAACAGUUUGUUUGGCUGGGAAAAUCUGGGCUGAUCGACAAGAAACAUCUGAAUCGGUUGCAGAAAAUUAGCGCCUGGUGUGAGCUUGUAGGCUACGUUGGCAGUGUGAGCUUGAAGGUGAGGGAGCUACAGAGGAUUGCUGAGGACGAGGCUUGUUUGGUUUCGAGUAUUGAGAUUGCGGUGGUUAGGGGUAUUGCGUGUGUAGAGGAGGGGGAGAGGCUAAGGAAGUUGAGAGAGAAGAAGAUGAUGAAGAGGCUGUCCAUUUUGCAAGAUUUUGCUGAUGCUUUAAUGGCUUUAGCUGAUAUUAGAGAUGGCAGUGGAUUGUUUUCUGGGCAGCUGAUACUCUCAUCAGCUGGGCUUCUUUCAGCUCUCAUCAGCACUCACAAGAAUUGGGUUUCCUGCUGAUUGUACUAUUCAAUUCUCAGGCAUGGGGUUUGUAAUCUUCCUGAAUCAUCCUUUAGAGAUUUAGGAAGAAUUGUAGAAUUUAUAUGUUAGCAAGUUUGAGAGUUUUGUGCGGACUAGCACAUUGUAACUUGCAAUACUUAAUGGUACUGAUUUUGGAUGAUCAAUAAUAUUCUAUUUGCCUAUGCAUUGAAUUAGGCAAGCUUAUGUGUUCUUGUAGUUUGUUUCCUGAAAUUGCUUUUAUAUAUGACUAUAUUGUGC